AAACCCCUCGCUGAUGAGAUAAGGUGUGGAGUUAGGCUUUGAGAUGCGAUUGUCAAGACUCGGCUCCUCAAGCAAAACCCCUCAAAAGUCAUUACUGUUGACUAUAAAAUAUUCAAUUAUUCAAGACACGGCCAUGUUGAAUUGGAAAUUAUAGACGCUUACCAGUUGGCCAAGAAAUAGCUGAGGUGUUUCCCUUCCGGUCCUGCCUCUCCCUGCCAUGGCCUCGACCUGGCAAUCUCUUGCUUUUGCUUCCGCUUUUCUAUGACGACUUCCACCAUUCAUGCCAGUUCCCAACUUCAUCAAAUGCCUUUGUCUCGCAAAUCAUCAUCUUCUCCCUCUCCUAUACCCUCCCCGUCUUCAUCUAUUUCUCCUUUAGCCCUUAAACAGACUGACGUCGAUGCCGCUGCCAAUGCCGCUAGUCUCGUUCAAAGCACGGAGCAAUCAACUCCCCACCACCGCCGCCUUACUCGAGCCAGGAGGCUUCGCCACCUCACCGACCAUGAUGUUGGCUUGCACCUCACCGACGAUUCUUCGCUCAUGGCUUCCCCUCCUUCCUCCCGCAAGUCUCGCUCGUCGGGUGGUUGUGAACACUGGUCCUCCUCCGCUGUGCCUCAACCCCUGCCGCUUCCCGAAUCACCGUUGACUCGCCGACCGGAGUCUGCCGGUCCUAAUCCCGGACAGCUCCACCUUGGGUCUCCUUCCGUAGACCAUUCGGGAUUUGCUUUCGGGAGGAAGACGGUGGAUCACGAUGCAUUCAAAAACAUGAAGCGUUGGAGCACUAUGGAUAGACCUUGUGAUCCAACCACUGCAAACGCAAAGUUUAAUUUAAGAGUAAACAUCCCAGUUGCACCUUUUUUGACAGGUCAUAGUUCGUGUCGAGAUAGAGCAAUCUCUCAUGAUACUGACUCUGAAAGUAUAUAUGACUCAAGAUUGUGUGUGGCCGCAAAGAGUGCCCCAACAAGUGUUUUUUCCAGUCCUGUUGCUAGUCCACGGAGAUCAAGCAAUGUUGAUUUCACUGAUCAUUUCUUUAGUACUCAAGAAUUUCAUGACAACGCUGUUGGCCAUCCUUCAAAAGUGUCACCACACUUGAAUGUUCAAAGUCCAGAUCACUCUUCUCUCCGUAGCCCAGGGCGCCAUAGCCCUUUCCUCAAUCUCAAAAUCCAAGAUGGACCUCAGCAUAGAUUUCAUUCCAGGGCGUGGCUAGAAAAUAACCAUGUUGACGCACACCCAUUGCCUCUCCCUCUUCCUCCGGGAUCCUCACCACCGGCACAAUCAUCUGUGCAGUGUCAAUCAAGUGCCACGCAUCACUCAUUUGAAAGCCAAUUUUUGGUGAAAGGUCAAUGGCAGAAAGUAAAACUUAUUGGACGGGGCACUUUUGGGAGUGUUUAUCAUGCAACAAACCUAGAGACCGGUGCUUCAUGUGCAAUGAAGGAGGUGGAUCUCAUUCCAGAUGACCCUAACUCUGCCAACUGUAUAAAGCAACUAGAGCAGGAAGUCAAGAUUCUUCGUCAACUACACCAUCCAAAUAUUGUGCAGUAUUAUGGCAGUGAAAUAGUUGGUGAUCACUUGUGCAUAUAUAUGGAGUAUGUUCAUCCAGGGUCGGUUGAUAAAUUUGUUCGGGCGAAUGGUGAAGCGAUGACAGAGUCUGUAGUUCGCAAUUUCACACGGCAUAUUCUCUCAGGGCUGGCAUACUUGCAUAGCACCAAAACUAUCCACAGGGACAUCAAAGGAGCAAACUUACUUGUUGAUGCAUCAGGCACUGUCAAGCUUGCUGAUUUUGGCAUGGCAAAAGUUCUAACAGGGAAAUCAUAUGACCUUUCUUUAAAGGGCAGUCCAUACUGGAUGGCUCCUGAGGUCAUGAGGGCUGCCAUGAAGAAAGAUGACAAUCCUGAUCUUGUCUAUGCUGUUGAUAUCUGGAGCUUAGGUUGCACUAUCAUAGAGAUGCUGACAGGAAAACCUCCCUGGAGUGACUUUGAAGGGCCUCAAGCCAUGUUCAAGGUGCUGCACAAUUCACCACCGAUACCAGAAACAUUAUCUUCAGCAGGAAAGGAUUUUCUUCAGAAAUGUUUUGAAAGGGAUCCAGCAAAUCGACCAUGUGCAGCAAAGCUUCUUGAGCACGCUUUUGUACAAAAUUUGCAUGACCAAGAUGCUCUAGCUCGCCCACAAUUAUAUCCCAGAGAAGACCCUGAAGAUAAUUCACGCAGUCCCAAAGACCCUACUGCACAUAAACGUGAUGUAAUUCGGGCCUCCAUCGGCGCACGCUUCUUGAACAAAAUCCAGAAGUUAAUCGGUGAUUCUUCCCAACAAUAUACUGCUGAGGAUUCUAAAUAUUCUACAUCUCAUCACCCUCCUUACUCUCUGCCAGAAGUUAAAAUUCCUCAGUCGCCCUUGAAACCGGCUGCCCUCAAUUACGUGUCUGCUUCAAAAGCCAGCAACACGUCCCUUCCUGUAAUGAGAUUCAUAACGCACCUUUGAAGGGGAGAUUCUUCCUUGCUGAUUCCCAAGUGUCUUCGGAAGCUUAUUUACCUUCACUGGAGGCUGGGAUUUGCAAGCCGCCCGUUCAUAGCUGCAAAUAUAUCAAUCUCAAGGGGCAAUGGAAAGCGAAAAAUUCACAUUUACUUGUGCCAAUAAAAAAAUUUGUACAUAGUGAGGCGCCGUUAGUUAUACCAGCUCUGACGACAAUUUGACGUGUAAUUAUUAAUUAUUUUUAGGCUAAAUUAUUAUUUUAUUUCUUCUAGUUUCCUGCCAACUUAACAUCAUUACCUAUACUUGCGUUCGUUUUUACUUGUAUCUUCGUAGUAUAUGUAACUGUAAUAUAUUUUCCCCCAGUAACUGUAGUCUAUUGAAACUCUGUAUAAAUUGCAUUUAACACGAAGGUUAUCAGCCAUUCUACGUAA